UCGGCUAUUCCUCCACGAUUGGACUCCAAAGCCGUUCCUUCCAUCUUGGACGUAUUUGGGCAAAGCAAUAAUCCUUGCUCCACCCUCUUUUGGGAAUGCCGGUCUGGUGUGGCACAUUUUAAGGGAUCUCCAGCUUUGUCCAUUUUUGGCUAUCCACAAACCAUUGCAGUUGAAUUUGAUGCCACUAUCAAGCAAGUGAUGAUUGAAAUCUCAAAUUACAAGGUUUCUGUUCUGGAAAUCAAAGGAUCCUCUGUAACCAGAAUUAAUUUGGAAUGUCCCCAAAACCUGGAAAUUGAUCAGUUGUGCCAGUCGCUCGUUCAACCCAAUCCCAAUAUGGUUGAAGUCUUAAUCGUGAACACCAACCUCACCAUCAACCAAUUUCAAGAUUGUUCUCAGAUGAGUCAAAGCGCCAAUCCGAUAUUAGCCAUCAAGCGAUCGACCAUUUACAUGAAACCAGAGAGCAUGGAUAAAAGUCAAUAUAUGUCAUUUAAGUUAGGUAGUAGAAGGUCAGCUCUUCAUAUGACAAUGACUAGAGUCUUUGACGUGGCUGGUAUUGAGUUCCGAAAUUACUACGAUAAUGUGUUCCUGACCGAUGUCGUGAUGGAGAAUCGCGCCAGCUUCACUUGCAUUGAGGCUCGAUAUGAGGAGGGCAAAGUUUGUGUCCCUGUCAAUAUGGGUUAUGCAGACGAUCCAACCAUUCUUCACUAUCCUGAUCAGCCUACCUCGGAGUCCACGACCGAAUCUGCUAUGAUCGCGUCUGGAACGACACGAGCGGAAUAUAAUAUGAUAUGUGUUGUUUUGUGGAUAAUUUCCGGCCUGUCUUUUGCGUGAGUUAUGUUUAUUUCUAUGCAAAAUUAUAAUAAAACAAUCUUUGGUCAUUA